UUUAUUUUCGGCUGUAUAUAUUUUUUACAUAACAGUGAUUAGUCCACGACACACUCUCAAAGAGUUAUUAUAUGAAACAGAUAUGGUAUUUCACCAGAAUGCUCAAUAUGAGCAGGGGAGAAUAAGAUUCAGUUGGAUUCUUGGCUUUCGUUAGUUCAGGGGCGAUAAGAAAUGGAGCAGUACAAGGAUCGAACUGCUGUUGUGACGGGAGCCUCUUCAGGGAUCGGAGCUGCAAUCGCUAUGGAUCUCGUGAAAGCUGGAAUGAUAGUGGUUGGAUUGGCGAGAAGAGUUGAUAAAAUCGAGGCUCUCAAGAAGGAUCUUCCAGAGGAAUUAAGAGAGAAUUUGUACGGAAUGUAUUGCGAUGUCUGUGAUGAAGGAGACACUGUUUGGACAUUCGAUCUGAUUGAUGCUAAAUUCGAUGGAAUCGACGUCCUGAUCAAUUGUGCAGGAGUAUUUAGAGAAACUUCCUUAAUUGAUAAGGACAAUUCAGGGCCAAUCCGAGAAGUUAUGAACACAAAUGUGAUAGGCUUAAUUAUUUGCACUCGGGAGGCUUUUAAUUCUAUGGAGAAGCAUGAAAGAAACUCACACGUUGUUCAUAUCAACAGCAUUGCAGGACAUCAAAUUCCUUUCAAUAUGCAACAGUCUUCGCACAACAUUUAUCCUGCCAGCAAACAUGCUGUGACUACAAUAACAGAGAUUCAUCGUCAGGAAUUUAUCAGGAGCAAACGCCACAUCAAAGUGACUUCAAUAAGUCCAGGAGCUGUGGAAACUGAAAUUGUUCCUGGCGAUUACAGAGAAAGAUAUGGAGAAAUUCCCUUUCUUCAGCCUGAAGACAUUUCUAAGAGUGUCCUUUAUAUUCUGGGAACUCCUCCUCAUGUCCAGAUUCAUGAACUCAUCAUAAAACCCUUCGGAGAACGAUUUUGAAAAAUGAUUAUUUGUAUUAACUCUUUUAACGUAUUUUGUUUUUGCAUUGUAUGAUAAUAGAUUUCUUGAAACAUGCUUGUAAA